AUGCAAGACGCUGAUGCCAGGGGGAGCUCCCCUGCUUUCCUCCGGCCUCAGAACGGAAGCAGUCACAGGUCUUCAGGGUAUGUCCCGGGGAGAAUUGCCCCUCUCCGUCCCCCGCUGCCUUCGCAGAGCCAUGCUGCAGCCGAAUUUACCUCUGCGAGACAAGAAGCCCGGACAAGACUCCCAUCCUUACCAGCGGAUCAGCACCGCCGCCAGGCAGAAGCCAACAGGCAUAAAAAUACUCUCAUUUGCUUUGCCAUUUCUAGCCUUUCACUUUUUGUUGCACUGGGGAUUUUUUUGGGAAUAGCUUCAAAAUAUGCUCCAGAUGAGAAUUGUCCUGAUCAGAAUCCUCGUCUUAAAAACUGGAGCCCUGGAAAAGAUCCUGAAAAGAGAGUUUUUAUCAAAAAAGGGGAUUUGUUUCGUCUGAACUCAGAUGCUACAGUACACUCUAUAGUUAUACAGGAUGGAGGGUUACUUGUUUUUGGUGAUGAUAAAGAAGGCUCUAAAAAUAUUACCUUGAGAACUCGGUUUAUCCUGAUAAAGGAUGGUGGAAUGCUUCAUGUUGGAGCAGAGAAAUGCCGCUAUAAAUCCAAAGCAACUAUUAUUUUGUAUGGGAAGUCAAAUGAAGGUGCUGAUGUGCCAGAAUUUGGCAAAAAAUUUAUUGGCGUGGGCCCUGAAGGAACACUGGAGUUGCAUGGGCACCAGAAGUUAUCAUGGACUCUUCUGUCAAAGACUAUGUAUUUCUCAGGGCUGGCCUAUGGUCAUUAUACAUUUAAAAAGAAUUUUUCCCGAGGACUAAAUGUGAGAGUAAUUGAUCAGGACACGGCAGAGGUUUUGGAAGUGCUGAAGUUUGAUACUCAUGAAUUUUCAGAAGAAAGCUUGAAGCUCCAGAACUUACUGAAAAAAGGAAGUCCUGGUCGCAUUGUUGCUAUUGCUGUAGGAGAUUCAGCUGCUAAAAAUCUAUUGGAGGAAACCAGAGUGACUAUUCAAAAUCUUCUGGGAAGCAAAUUUGUUAGAGGGUUGAGUUACAGGCAAGCCUGGGCUUUUGUUGGUGUCAUAGGUGGUGGAAAUUCUUCUUGUAAUGAAUCAGUGAGAAACUAUGAAAAUCAUAGCACUGGUGGGAAGGCACUUGCUCAGAAAGAGUUUUUCACAGUGGAUGGUCAGAAGUUUGUUGUGAGAGCCUACAGCGAGUGGAAUGAUGGUGUCCCAACUUCAGGCUUCCAGGUAGAAGCUGUAGGUGGAGUGAUACUGAAUCUUCUGGAUGAUGUUAGUAGUUGGGAGCCUGGAGACCAGAUCGUGGUCGCAAGCACAGACUAUUCAAUGUAUCAGACAGAGGAGUUCACCCUCCUUCCCUGCCCAGAGUGUACCAAGCAUCAGGUCAAAGUCAAAGAAAAUCCUCAGUUUCCUCAUGUAGGAGAAGUUAUUGAUGGAGUGGACAUGAGGGCAGAAGUCGGAGUUCUUACGAGGAACAUCUUAAUCAUGGGAGAGACAGAAAAUACCUGCUAUCGUGAAAAGGAAUGUCAGUUCUUCAAUUACGAUACAUUUGGUGGACAUAUCAAGAUUUUUAAGAAUUUUACAUCUGUUCAUCUCUCUUAUGUGGAAUUGAAGCAAAUGGGCCAGCAGCAGAUUGGAAGUUAUCCUGUUCACUUUCACCUUUGUGGGGAUGUGGAUGAAAAAGGAGGUUAUAGUUUUAAGACUUACCUGGAAGGUCUUUCCAUUCAUCACUGUUUUUCCAGAUGUGUGACUGUUCAUGCAACUAAUGGCUUGCUGAUAAAGGACACCAUUGGCUAUGACACACUAGGUCACUGUUUCUUCACAGAAGAUGGCAUUGAGCAGAGGAAUACUUUCUUCCACAACCUUGGGCUAGUCACAAAACCAGGCACUCUUCUUCCUACAGAUAGAAACAGCAGCAUGUGUAUUGGUAUUAGGGAUAAAGUGUAUGGAAGUUAUGUCCCAGUGCCAGCCACAGACUGCAUGGCAGUUUCAACAUUCUGGAUUUCUCAUCCCAACAAUCAUCUUAUAAAUAAUGCAGCAGCCGGUUCACAGGAUGCUGGAAUUUGGUAUUUGUUCCACAGGGUUGCUACAGGAGAUUCUCAUAGUUUAGCCAUUGAAACCAAGUCAGAGCUUACACCCCUAGGAAUCUUCUAUAACAACAGGGUUCAUUCUAAUUUUAAGGCUGGUUUGUUCAUUGAUAAGGGUGUUAAAACAACUAAUGCUAGUGCUGAUGAUCCCAGAGAAUAUCUUUGUUUGGACAACAAUGCAAGGUUUCGACCUCAUCAAGAUGCAGAUCCUGAAAAGCCCCGAGUUGCUGCCCUGAUUGACAGAUUAAUCUCUUUCAAAAACAAUGAUCAUGGGGCCUGGGUCAGAGGAGGGGAUAUCCUCAUUCAAAACUCUGGGUUUGCAGACAAUGGAAUAGGUUUGACGUUUGCUAGCGAUGGGAGCUUCCCAAAUGAUGAAGGUGCCAGCCAGGAGGUAUCUGAGUCACUCUUCAUAGGAGAGAGCAAGAAUUAUGGGUUUCCAGGCGGCCAAAAUAAAUAUGCAGGAACUGGAGGAAUAGACAACAAGGCACGCACACUGCCUAGAAAUCGGACAUUUCCGAUCAGAGGCUUUCAAAUUUAUGAUGGACCUAUUCACCUUACCAAGUGCACAUUCAAAAACUUUGUGCCAACUCCAGACAGAUUCACCAGUGCAGUUGGAUUCUUGAUGAAAAAUCCAUGGCAGAUGACACCAAAAAACAACAUUUCUCUUGUGAAGUUUGGUCCAAAUGUGUCUUUGAAAGCCUUCUUUGGAAAACCUGGUCCCUGGUUUGAAGAAGGAGAUCUGGAUGGGGACAAGAACUCAAUAUUCCAUGAUCUAGAUGGUUCAGUGACUGACUACAAGGAUACCUAUGUGGGCAGAAUGGAUAACUACUUGAUUCAACACCCUAAAUGCAUUAAUGUUACAGAAUGGAGUGGAGUGGUUUGCAGUGGGACCUAUGCACAGCUUUAUGUCCAAACCUGGAAUGGACAGAAUCUUUCCAUGACUAUCGUACGAGAUGAGUACCCAGCCAAUCCCAUGGUUCUUCGAGGUAUUAAUCAGAGAGCUGUCUUUCAACAAUACCAGCCAGUAGUGAUGCUCCAAAAGGGCUACACAAUACAUUGGAAUGGAAAAGCCCCGAACGUCACUUAUCUUUAUCUCAUUAACUUCAACAAGAAUGACUGGAUUCGUGUUGGCCUUUGUUAUCAACCAAAUACGGAUUUUGUUAUAGUAUUGGAAACCUUUCAAAGGCGGUCAUCUGCUCUGUCAAGCAAGGUAGAGCGCUACAUGCCUGUGUCUUCAAUGAUGGAGCUUGAACAGAAUCAAUCAGACAAGAAGUUUUAUUUUGACAACAGUACUGGAUUACUGUUUUUAUUUCUUCAAGCCAAAUAUAAUAGGGAUGGUCACAGUUAUUGCUCAUCUCAGGGAUGUGAAAGGAUCAAGAUUGUGACCAAAGAUUCAGCAAAAGGGAUCAGUAACUGCAUGGCAAAAGCUUACCCAAAGUACUACCAAGAACCAACUGUCAUAAAGCGGAUGCCGGUAAAAACUACUGUACCAUGUACAAAAUGCGGCACAACUCAGAUGGUAUUCACCAGCGAUCCUCACAAAAACUACCUCCUUGUGCAGAUUAAUUCAUCUGGUAAAAAAGAGUUAAGCAGAGGUCAGCAAGCAUUUAUUUCUGUCAAUGACACUAUGUUUUCCUUCAAGGAUAACGGUAUACUUAUCAUUGUAGUUGAUGCCUGCAUGGGCACGGUGUCGGGAAAUAAAUUAUUUUCUGGAGUAGACAUUAAGCUUGUAGAUGGAUAUUUAAAAUCUGGAAUUCCACAAAGGUCUAUCGUUCUACUGAGCACAAGAGGCGAUGUAGCAAUUCCUAAUAGUUUAUCAGAAGCCUUAAUGUCCCUGGGGACAGCCAAACCGCCUUAUCUUCAGAGCAACGGAAGCCUGGCCUUUCUGGGAUUCAGAGGAAACUUUAAGCCAUCCUGGAUUAAGCUGUUUACAGGUCCUGCUGGGCAUGGGCUCGUUCAGAUAGAAAAGUAUAUCCCUUUACAACUGGAAGAGUAUGGCUGUGCCAGAGCAAUCAAAAGCCGACGGAAAGAGCUUGAGCUUCUGAAGAAGGCUACACGAUCUCAUUAG